AAUCUCACCUCUCGCAAAUCCAUCUCCCCUCUCUAAACCCUAAUCUCCAUUCUCAUCGCCUUCAGUUUACGUCAAAUACUCUGAGCAAGCGCAGAUCCCCUUCGCGCCUUCAAGGAGGGGGAAGGAAGUGGAGGCGUAGGAGGAAGAAGGUGGAAUGGCGAAGGACGAGGAGGAGUUUCGGGGUGAACUGGAGGAGCGUUUGAUCAAUGAGGAGUACAAGAUAUGGAAGAAGAACACGCCCUUCCUGUACGACCUAGUGAUCACUCACGCCCUCGAGUGGCCCUCCCUCACAGUGCAGUGGUUCCCCGACCGCGACGAGCCCGCCGGGAAGGACUACUCCGUGCAGAAGAUGAUCCUCGGCACUCACACCUCCGACAACGAGCCCAACUACCUCAUGCUUGCGCAGGUCCAGCUCCCGCUCGAGGACGCCGAGUACGAUGCACGCCAGUACGAUGACGAGCACGGCGAGAUUGGAGGCUUUGGCAGCGCCGGAGGAAAGGUGCAAAUUGUUCAGCAAAUAAAUCAUGAUGGCGAGGUUAAUCGAGCUCGCUAUAUGCCUCAGAAUACCUUCAUAAUCGCAACGAAGACUGUUAGUGCUGAAGUUUAUGUUUUUGACUACAGCAAACAUCCAUCGAAGCCUCCACUUGACGGUGCAUGCAAUCCUGAUUUGAGGUUGAGGGGUCACAAUUCUGAAGGAUAUGGUUUAUCCUGGAGCCAGUUUAAGCAAGGACACCUAUUGAGUGGUUCUGAUGAUGCUCAAAUUUGUCUGUGGGACAUUAAUGCUGCUCCUAAAAAUAAAACACUUGAUGCUCUUCAGAUUUUUAAGGUGCACGAUGGUGUCGUUGAGGAUGUUGCAUGGCAUUUAAGGCACGAGUAUUAUUUUGGUUCUGUUGGGGAUGAUCAUUAUCUUCUACUUUGGGAUCUUCGAACAACAAAUAAUAAGCCAGUCAAAUCUGUUGUUGCUCAUCAAGGUGAGGUAAACUGCUUAGCAUUCAAUCCUUUCAAUGAGUGGAUUGUCGCAACUGGAUCUACUGAUAAAACUGUCAAGUUAUUUGAUCUUCGUAAGCUUGAAACUGCUCUGCACACACUAGACUGCCACAAAGAGGAGGUUUUCCAAGUUGGCUGGAGCCCAAAGAAUGAGACUAUUCUAGCAUCUUGCUGUCUUGGUAGGCGGCUCAUGGUGUGGGAUCUAAGCAGGAUUGACGAGGAACAGACGCCAGAGGAUGCUGCCGAUGGCCCCCCAGAGUUGCUGUUCAUCCAUGGUGGCCACACAAGCAAGAUCUCUGAUUUCUCAUGGAACUCCUGCGAAGAUUGGAUCGUUGCCAGCGUCGCAGAAGAUAACAUCCUCCAGAUAUGGCAGAUGGCAGAGAACAUUUACCACGACGAAGAUUUGCUAGGGGAAGAGACUCCAAAAUCUUCUUAACUACAUAAACACCAAUUAUGUCCAUAAGUUAAAAAAGAAGGAAAAAAAAAAGAUUGGAGAAGCAAAUCUAUCUCAUCUAAUAUCCUCCAAAUGUGCUUGUAUUGUUGGGUCUUUGUUGGUAAGCAGAUGUUUUUUUGCUUUGGACAAUCAAUUCGAUUUAAGUUGGUAUUACUUCAUCUAAGUUAAACUGAUUUGUUCAUGCUCUUGGUUUCUUCUUCAAAUCUCUCGUUUUUAAGUUCACUGCUUUAUCAUCCUAGACAAAGGUUUAAUCUCUUAUUUUAAUGUUCACUUUAGCAAGCCACUCGAUUUAAUUGAUUAUGUUUUGCCAACAGAGACUUUGCCAUGACUCUGGCUCACUGUUUUGCAGGCGCAUGCAUUUACUGCUUGAAUGGCUGCUCCACGCCUCCUGCCACGUCCAGUGCCAUGCUUCACAGCCGACGAGAAUCCGAUGCACAAGUAAGCCUUCACUUCUACCGAAGAGAACCUUUUGAAAGCAUCAAAAUGAUAAAAUCCAGGCUUCUUAACUGACUCGGAUCAAACGAAGGACAGGGGAAUCUUUCUCAAACUUUGAGCUCCGUCCCUUCUCUUUGACCAUGCAUGUGCCCUUUGUUCUUAUCUAUUUCAUUUAUUGGCCAGCGAGAGUAUAUUUUUAAGAUCAUUAUCAAAUAAAAUUAUCUUAUUAUAUUAAUAAUUAAUUACAAUUUAAAAUUAUAUA